CAGGCUUUCACCUUGAGCAGUGAAGCAUUCAAGUGUGACUUGAUUUAGUACACUGUUGACUGUUGUAUUAACUCGGGAAUGUAUAUAUUAUUGAUUGAGCAGUAGAAUAAGGUGCACGAAGUAGAGAUACUAGAAGAAAGGAGGAUUCCUGCUCGUUAGUUUAGGUGAGUCACCAUAUAAACUGUGUGUAUAGCCUAUAUAUUAUGGUUGUUUUAUCGGCAUACGUUGUGUAUAGUCACAUUCCUCACAGACACAGUACUCAACCUUACAUACAUAUUUUUAUUGUAUAGUUGUUAACCACCUUUGUGAAUUGUGUAGGUAAAGUACUGAUAUAUAACACUUUUAUAUUACCAAGUAAACUUCAAUAUAUCUCUAAACCAAAACCAACAGGUUCAUGAUCAGUUCAACGCUAGGGCACUAGUAUAACGGGCUAUACGCCCUAUAAUUGAUAUCUCAAGUGUAUACUGUAUAGCCCCAUGCUUUGCAUUCUUGGUAUAUUUUCGUCGGUGUUUUUUCUUAUUUUAGAAAAGACUAACUGUAAUGAUUGCUCAUAUCGAUUAAAUAUCGCAUUGUGAUUGAAAAAAUGCGUGAAGCGGUCUUUAUUUGAUUUAUUUGGCACAGUAAGGUAUCAUAUAUCGUUGACUAUAGUAUGUCUAGUCACGGUUAAUAGAAGGAGACCUGGUCUAGUAUAGAGUCAGUGAUAGUCUUAAGAAUAAUCUCGAAUAAUCAUAAUAAUCUAUAGAAUAAUGAAAAGCCGAUAUACGUUUCUAGUAGGCCCCUAGACAUUUUGUGUUAUGUAUUAGCGUAAAAAAGUUGUAAAUGUAUGGGCGAACAUAAUAAAAUAAAUAAACCAAUGUGAAUGAUUAUGCAGACCUCUAUUAACUGUGUGCAUACUUAAGUGUUAUGCAACAUAAUGGAUUAUGCCUUCAGUCCCAGUUUAAUUUACUCGAUCGAUCCUGUACAUGCUAUGACUAUAGCGACAAAAUGCGGUUUAACAUACACGCACCGCUUCAUCUGCAGGAAACCAGGCAGUAAAUAUUAUUUACUGCCUGGUUGCCUUCAGAUGACCUAUAAAUAUUUCCGCAGUUUCAGUAAAAACUUGCUCAUUAUUAAAAUUUUAAGACAAAAGCAAACAAAUAUAGCGGUACAUGUUUAAUCAAUUAAUAAAAAGAGGGAAAAAAUUAGACAAUGAAAAAUUCCAACAUGGUUACAUGGCAACUUACAACUGAAUAAACUAAUCAGACUGCAAGAUACCUGAAAUAUUCAAAAUAUUAGACGGCGAAGAGCUAGAGAUUCUAGGGCCUAGCAUGGUUAACUAUAUUGUUACCACGUUAAUUAUUUUUCGGUCUCUCUAUGCUCAGGGCACAUGCUGAUCAUAGAGUGAACCGAACUCCAUGUGCGGUUCUUGUGAUGUCACACAAUUUGCAUAAUAUAUAUUCUAGACGAUUGAUGUUUGCACCACUUUAACUGAUAAGUCAAGUCAAUCUAUUAGGCCCUAUAUAGAUCAAUCUAUUAUUGGCUCUUUUGUAUACUUGGAAUUUGCCAAAUAACUAAAAUAAAAUGUAUCACUUUGAAAGAUGUAACCUAAUAAAAUCAAGGACGGAAAAGGCGUUGUUUUUCAUGGUUUAUGAUCUUAAUAUGAGCUGGGGGCGUGACUAAAUUCCACUUCAGUUCCUGCAAACAAUAUCACCAACAAUGCUGAGUGCCUGAGUUGAAGAUUGGAGGGCAAAUGCGAUAUAAGGGGCUGUUGAUAUGGAGCCGGGCUGGCCCGGGAUGAUUCGUUUAAUAACGCUUUUGUCACGGCUUUGAUAAACAUCCGAAAUUUGAAAGUUGAAUUAGCUUAAUUUGAUUUCAGAUUAAGCUAAUUAACUUUGAAAUGUCGGAUAUGAAAUAAUAGGUUGAUCUAUAUAGGGCCUAAUAGAUUGAUCUUGACUUAUCAGUUAAACUGGUGCAAACAUCAAUAGUCUAGCAAUAGUUAUGCAAUUUGUCUUGAAGAUGUCUUAAGUUAAAAACGAAACGUUAGCUUUCUAAUAAAUAUUUUAAAACUAUAUUUUUGUUAUGGCUCUUUUACGUAUUUUACUUAUUUCCUGCUGGGCAUUUGCCAUUAAUAUUUAUCCUAAGAUUACGAUUUCCGCCUGGUUCAUCUAUCGCAAGUAUUUCAGAAACAGUAUAAAGUUCAUUCGAACGAUCUUUUAUGGUCAGGGAAACUUUUCGUGACAUGAUUCAUCCCGGCACACAUCAUAGCACAUUCUCUUGUAUAUAAUGCACGAUAGCAUUUAAACAUGUCUUCGGGCCUGUUUAUAUGGAGGCGAGUUACCCGGCAAGGGAGUUACUCGUCAACGGCGAGAUCCAGGCUAUUAUAGAAACUAAUAGUAAUCCCGGGGGGCUGUUUACAUGAUGCAGCCGAGUAACUCGCCUUGGCCGAGUUCCCAGCAGAAAGAGGUGGGAUAUCGCCAAGGCGAGAGAAGAUAUAGCGAUACAAAUGUCGAAAAAUCCGCCAUAUUGUUACUAAAAAUAGAACAAAAUGGCAGAUUUUUAGAAAUUUAAGACAUUAUAUCUUCGCAAGGAAUGGUUGUAUUUCGAAACCGAUUUCAGUUUUAAGAUACCCUUAGUCUGCUCCUCUAAAUGGAAAUAUGAAAUCACCUAUAGCUUAUUUUUAAUUUUUUGGCGCCAAGUUUGUGACAUAAUUUACCCACCAAAAACUAGAAAUUCCAAAAAACACACAUACGAUUUGUAAGAAUGAUAUGUUUAUGGGAAAUCUAGUAGAAACGGGAUGAAAAUUAAAGAAGUUGGAGCAUACUGGCGCUUUUGCAUGCAUUUUUGACAGGCAUGCAAAGAAAUUUGCAACAGAUGCCAGGAGAUACGUUGGGUGGGGGCGAGGUUCUCUAGAGUUUUAGCACAUUACCCUGAUCUAGAAAAUUACGCCCACUACAUGAACGUGUUCAAGACUCCGACUACGCUGAACUUAGUGAUGGACAACAACAACUUGUUGAUGAUUCUGCCCCUUUAAAGACGGUGCCAUUUAAAGACGGUGCAUUUCAUUUCAUUGACAUAGCAGCAAGGUGGUAUUUUGUUGAGGAGAAGCACGUGCUUGAGUAUAUCAGGCAUCUUGAGGAACUGCAAGAACUGCAAUAAGAGAAAAUUCCGGAUUGUACUCCUUCGAUUCCGGAUUUUAAGGGGGAGAGGGGGGGGGGGCAUUGAAAAUUUUAAAAACGUGUGGGGGGGGGGCGUCGAAAAUUUACCAAUAACCCCAACAGGGGCCCUGUAAAUAUAUGAGCUUUUUUCAAGACAUCUUCAUCCCCCCCUUGGCGUAAUAAAGGUACUUUCCCUUACCGCGGUUAAUAUUUUUCGCAGUAUAGAAUGCGAGAAUGUUCGUCGACAGCGUUAUUAUCGUAGCACUGAUUGUUGGUUGCGGUAUUCUUUCUCCUUGUCGCAAUUUUCGCCCUUAUUUAUGUGAGUUUUUUUCAAGACAUCUUGAUCCCCUUGCGUAAGGUGGUAUUUCCCUUACCGCGGUUAAUAUUUUUCGCAGUAUAGAAUGCGAGAAUGUUCGUCGACAGCGUUAUUAUCGUAGCACUGAUUGUUGGUUGCUUGGUAUUCUUUCUCCUUGUCGCAAUUUUCGCUGCCUUAUUUCAACGUGAGUUGGGAACAAAACAUCGCGAGAAACUAGAGGAAGGUGAUAUUUCCGAGAAACAGAGGUUGACACCCAUGCCUGAUGAAGCUCAAGUGGAAUAUACAACGGAGACAGUGCAGCCUGAUAGUAAGACUCCUGUCGAUGGAUACCCGCAUGUACAGGUAAAUAUGUCUUGCAAGUGCCUUGUCUCAGCUUCUGGAUGAUGCUUUAGGCCCAGGACAAAGAAUAUGCAUUAUUUUAAAAACAUUGUUUCCUAGCCAUGUUUCAUAAAGGUGGGAAAACCAGGACACAUGUUUCCUAUAACCAUGUUUCAUAAAGGUGGGCAAACCAGGACACAAUGUUUCCUAUAACCAUGUUUCAAAAAGGUGGGCAAACCAGGACACAAUGUUUCCUAUAACCAUGUUUCAUAAAGGUGGGCAAAUCAGGACACAUUGUUUCUUAGCUACGUUUCCUGCAAUCUCGUAUCCUAUGAUUCUGUGUACAAGUUUGCAUUUCCAGAAGGUGGGCGAACCAGGGAACAUUCUUUUCCAGCCAUGUUUGUUGAAGUUGAGCAAACCAGCUAACUGUGUAUCUUAGGCCCCAGUUACACGAUACCGGUUUCGCAUCGAGCAACACCAACUAAGACGCUUUUCGACCUUUUACAACUUUUCAUAUUUGAAGGUUUUCACUAAUGCUGUUAUAUUAUCCUAAUUUUGAGUGCAAAAAUCUCCAUGAAACUGUAAAAUUUGAUGUCGUUCCGAUGCAAAUCCGGUAUCGUGUAAAUUGGGCCUUAGCUAUGUCUUCCAAGGUGUGAAAACCCAGAAGUAGUGUUUCCGAAACAAAAUCACUCGUACGAAAUGAAACAUCAACAUGUUUGUGAAUUUGUUGGAAAGAGAAUUUUGUUUCCGUGACAAUUUAAUGUUUUCAAAGCUUGACCAAAGUGAAAGCAUUCGAGGAAACCUUGUACUGUCUACAAUCUUGGGCAUAGCGCUGAGGACCAUUGUUUGUAGUGUUGCAAAGUUCAUGCGGAUUAACCGAGAAAAAUUUGUCACUCCCUCCACACAGUUCAAUGUUGUGAACAAUCCCGAAAAAAAAACAAGCUCAACAUUGAGUUGGGAGAGUGUGUGCUUAAGAAGCGCAACAAGAUUUUACGUGGAAUUUAUCAUAAAGGGUGUGUAAAUUUGAUAUAGAGGGGAAGAAACUCUCAACCAGUUACAGUAUGUCCAACAUUGUAGCUGUAUAUGCAGCCUUUUCGCACAAACAUUAUAAUUAUAUUUUUUCUUUAUUUCGUAAUUCUAGGAAGAAGAUUCUGAGGAAUUUAUGGUAGGCCUAACUAUUAUAAGUCUUAUAACUUAAAUAUUUUAUACAAUUUUCACCUAUGUAGUUAAAACUACUGUAUACUGCUAACGUGACUGAAGUCACUUUAAACACCAUGGUAUUAAACUAAUUCACGCGUUUUCACUAAUAUUAGCGACAACGCAAGAUUCCUGUUCAAACUGAUAUGCUAAGAAUGGAUAAAUUUAGCUGUUUACUGGCAAAAGUACGCGUGUAUCUAAAGAAAGUGGAACAUAUUUCGCACUCGCCUGUUUUAAUAACAAAAGAUUAUCCCUACAUUUAUCCCAAUAAUAUUAGGUUAAAAAUAGACGCAAAAAUACUUGUAUCUUGUUUUUUUUUACAUAGACUGAUCCUGAUGUAACUUCAACACUGAGCAUCCUACUCCGUUAUGAUCGUCAAAGGUUUGUUUAUCUUUUUUUAGAGGGUUCUGAAGGGAUAAAUUGGGAACUGGGAUUUGCUUUUUUUGGACUGGGAAAGUGGGAUUUACUCAUAGAAAUAAUAGACAUCUAAUAUUUCUAUGGAUUUACUGCACUGGGAUUUUAAUUAAUCACUGGGAAAGGGAUAAAAAUUUAGUAAAUGGGAAUGGUAUUUCUCUUCUUGAAUUGUCUCCAACUAUAUUAUUCUAUACAACUGCUCAAAUAAAAAUAAUCAAAUUAUGUAGUAUAGACUAUAGUAGACCUCCGAAAAACAAAUCGAAACACAAUUUUCGCCCGAUCUCGAUCCCGACCGUGAAAACGAACAGCAUGUUGCGAGUUGUCAAAAACGUGUUCUGUGUUGUUCAGAACGGGAUGCAGGAAUGUUAUGUCGCAUCCUGUCAACAACUGUUGUUUCAACAACCAUCUUCAACCUUGAUAAUAACAGCAUUGUUUCCACGUUGUUCAGCGAACAAUGUCGCAUCAACCUGAUCAAUUACUAUGCGUGUAGCCACCAUAUUUUCAUGCUUAGCGGUUCGUUGUACAUUUAAUGGCAUCAUCAUUUUAAUUCAUUAUAUGCAUCAUUUUUUAAAUAUCCCAUUAUGGAUGGGAUUUCAGAUGUCGUUCAUGUUCAAAUAUUAAUAUAUUUUUAUUUUUGAUAGAAACUAUCUGUUGGUGAAACUGCUGAGCAUGUUUGAUCUUCCCACUCGUAAUGACAAGACUCAAGUAAAUUCAUUCUUGGAAGUUCGACUUCUUCCUAACUUCGGGCAGAAUCCAAUCCAAACAGACGUCUACUCCAAUACAAGUUCUCCAAAAUUGGAAGAAACCUUUGAAUUUGAGGUUGAUCGUGAGGAGCUGGCUCAGCAAAAAAUUGAAAUUGUUGUCAUGGAUGCACGGGAAUAUUCUAACAGGUAACCAAAUAUCAUU